AUGGAUGAUCCAAAUUUGAUGCAAAACACCACCAGUAUUUCCCCUGAAAAAAAGGACAUCAUGACAUCAGUAUCGCCCCCUAAAAGAACUAUAGUUCUUGGUGUUGUUAAUACUACAGGCAUGAAAAGUACAAAUAUCAAUAGGAAAAGACGAUGGGAUCAACCUCCAGAAGAAUUAAGUGGACCUCCAACUAUAAAGAAGUUGUGCAUCAGUGAAAAUGAAGCAUUUCCUGUCAAUGAAACUGAAUCUCUUGAAACAGCAUCUGCUGUUUCCCCUAAUGUUGACAGGAUAAAUUCACAGUGUGAUAAUAUAUCUGGUUUAUCUAAUCAAAGUACUCAUCCAAUGUUAGUUGAAAACGAAGAAAUCUCUGUAGAAUUACCACAAUCGCAUAGUUCUGACAUAUCAAGUGAAGCAAGUGCCAUGUCAAUAGACUUGCCAGAAGAUAAUAGUGAUAAAUGUAAACCGCCUCAGUGUGAACCAAGUGCUGACAUUAAAUCGUGUAGUGACUCUAAUGAAAACACGAGUGAAGUGAAUAUUCUCGAAUCUUGUGACCGCCUGCAAUGUGUUGAAACUGUGAAUCCUCCUACUAACGAUUCAAGGUUUAUUGUUAGUGAUGUUACUGUUAACAAGGAAGCGCCUAGUGUUACUGUUCGGGAAACUAAAACUGUCAAACAUGAGUUAAAAAGUAACGCUUCUGCAACUGUUAUAAGUCAUCAGUCUGACGAGCUUCGAAGGAUAAUGUUUAGUUAUGAUGAAGGUUCUUCAGAUAGUGAUACAAUGGAAAGUAGCAAAGAAGAUAAUGCUGACGAAUCAAUUUCGUCUAGUAAAAAAGAUGAAAAUGUAAUCAGUGUUCAUCCAAGUAGUGUAUCACCCAGUGGUAUUGAUAUAUUACCAACAAGCCUUGAAACAAGUGAUUCUGCUAGUGAAAGGGUUAGUUUUAAAGAUACUAUUAUAUCAGAAAAUGAUAUUACUAAUGUAUCUUCUGUCUUAAUUGACGAAAAACCACUUAGCAUUCAACCAGAAUACAAUUCUAAUGAAACGGAUGCAUUUAUAGGAAGUAGUAAAUCUUUAGAGAAUUUAGAGGAAAAUAAAGAAAGUCUGAUGGAAUCUCAAUUUAACAUUCCUAAUGAAAAUGAAGUUGUUGAAAGUACUACUGAUAUAGAGAUUAAUAGUGAUUCAUUAGCGAACAAAAUAUCGAACACAAAUCAAGAUUCAAUUCUUGAUGCAGAUACUACAGAAAAUUCUCCCCAAGAAGCAAAUAUUAGGUAUUUAGACUCCGAUAAUCAAAAUUCAGCUGAAGAUUCUGUUAUAAAUAAAACCGAUUCGAUAAAUAUACCAUCAUGUGAGGGAAUUAAAAAUGAUAAGGUUGUGGAAUCUAUCGAAGAUGUUGUUUCUACAAAUAAUGACUUUGAAGAUAAAAUUGAUCUUGAUCAGAAAUCUGAAGUUGAAACUGUAUCUAAAGAAUUAAUCAGUAACUAUGAUUAUGCUGAAGCUAAAAUGAUUAACUCUGAUGAUAAAAUCCAAGAGAAGUAUCCGAUGAAUGAAACAUCAUUGAAUACUAUUAAUCAGGAAGCUAUUGAGAAAACCGUUGAGUAUGAUAAUGGGCAGCUAGAACUAGAGAAUCCCAGUGAAGAUAAAUCACAAUUAGAACCUGAAACUAUUCAAAUUGCGAAAAAAGAUAUUAAUAUUGAUGAUAAAAUGGAAAUAAAUAGUUCAGUCGAAAGCCAUGUCUCAUCAAGUGCUGAUACGUUAGUAAAUAAGAAAUCAACAGAAACAAAUAUCUCACCGGUCCCAGGCACCACAAGUUCUCUAGAUGAUUUUAUACAGGAAGAGGAAAUCAGCUCCAAAGUUGAAGUUACACCUGAUGAACCUGAAACAGUUUUGCUUUCUUCAGAAAGUACUGACCAAAAUCAUAAAUUGGUACAUUGUAAGGAAAUGCAAAAAGUUGAUGCUGAAAUUGCGGAUGAAAGUUUAGUAAAUGAAACAAUAAAUAUAGACGAAACAACUAAGUUCAAUUCCUCUGAAGUAACUGUAGAAGACGAUUUAGAGCAUAGUAAACGACCUGAGGAUUCUCAAAAUGAUCUUACUGUUAUCAAAACAUCCGAAGAAAAGUGUAAUUCAUUAAGGUUUCAGAGCGGUACUGAACAAGUACAUUUGAACGAUAGCAACAUCUUAAUUAGUAACAAGCUUCAAGAAGUUGAUCCAUCCAGUGAAAUAAAUUCGAAUGUUACAGAUAGCCUUAAUGAAGAAGACGCAGAUAGCUCUAUGGAUGUAACACCAUCAGAAAACAUAGAUCCUGCUGUUAUGGAAGUUAUUUUAGGUUCUAAUGAAGGAACUGCUACUAUCAAAGAAGUUGUUAACGAUAGUUCUGUUAUAAAUCGAACUUCCGAACCCGAUUUAAAAAUCAAUGUAUCGGAACAUCCUGAGUCCGUUUCUACUAAUACUAAUUUUGAGGAAAAAAUGGAAAUUGUUAAUGAAACCAAUAGUGAAACAGAGCUAGAGAAAAUUGUAUGUGGUAAAGAAUGUACAGCUGACAUGAUUGAAAGUGAUAUAGUUGAAAGAAAUAUUGAAACUCCACCAGAAAGUGAUAUGAUUAUUGAUAAUAACAGUAAAUUGAUUGGAAUCAAUAAAGAUAGUGACAUCUCUGUAUCUGAAGUAAUAGAAGUUAACCACCCUGUUAGUUCUGUUUCUGUAGAGAAUGUAGUAGAAAUUAUUAAUGCAUCCAAGGUUAUUGAGAAUGAUAUCGGUAUUGAUAAUUGUUCUGAGACCAAUAUUGAAAUAGUUGAAAAUACUGAACAUGAAAUUAUCGAGAAAUCUGAUUCUGAACAACUUUGCAACGCAUUAAUUUCAAAAAGAGAUCCAGCAAUCGAAACAAGCGAGAAAAUUGAAGAAAUUUCAGUUUUUGAAAAUACUGAACCAACAAUUGGUGCUGCGGAGGAUACUGAAACUGAUUUGAAAUUACAUGAAAUUAAUGAGUUAGAUUCAGAAUCUGACAAAAUUAAUGAGCCAGAUUGUCGAAUGACUGAUAUAAUAGAAUCUAAUAAUACAGAACUUGAUUCAGUGGAUGUUGAUCAAACUGAAAUAACGUCUAUUGAAAAUAAUGAUAUUGAAAUUAGCACAGAAGAAGCUAUUGAAACCGAAAUUAGUAUUGAAGAAAAUGUUGAGGAUGAAUUAUGUACCUUAGAAAGUGACGAAAUAGUCGCCGUUGAAGCUAACGUCAAUUCAUUAAAUGAUAUGGAAAAUGUUAUAACUUCAGAAGGGAGUAUAGAUUUAGGAUCAAGUGCUGUAGAAAAUGUUAUGACAAUAGAAAAUUGUGAUAAUGAAAUGAAUGUUGGAGAAACAGAUGAAGUUGAUACAGUUCAAAAUGAUGAAAAUGUUACUAUAACAAGUGAAGCAGAGAUAGCCGAAGCAGAUAGUAAAACUGAUAAUACAUUUCAAAAUCCAACUGAAACUGAAAGUAAUGUGGGUGAUAUCUCUCCAUCAAGAAGAACUAUAGAUCAAGAAUUAAAAGUACUCGAAGAUGUAUCUGAAAGUACAGAAAUAAAACAUGUUUCCGAUUCAACUCGAGAUAUCCUAAAAGAAUUAGUGAUUCAAGAAGAGAUCGCAAUAGAUGAAGAUUCCGCAAUAGAAGAAUGCGUCUAUGACAGUGCCAGUAUCGCAGAAAGAGAAGAUGAUAUUGUAAUAACUUCAGUUGAUUCUCCACCAUACGAAGAUGCACUGAGUCCUAGCCCCGAGGAGUCCAAGAUGUUUGAGAAAAGUAUUGAUGUUUCUGAUACCAUUGGUGAUGAAAUGAGUAUUGAUGAAGCAGUUGUUGAUGAAUCCAAAACCAUUGCCGAAGAGAUUGAUGAAGCUAAAGUUGUACCUUCUGUUGAAUUAUCUUCUGAACUUGCGUAUGAUGAAGGAAGUAUAUUACAAGAUGAUUCCAAAACAUUAGCAGAUGAUAUAGAAGAAUCAUUCAUCGUUGAAGAGGUUGUUACUUGCGAAAGUCCUGAAAGUAAUAAAGAUGCGGAUGAUUUCGUUUCUGUUAAUGAAGAUUUGUCUUCGCCUUUGAUUGUUUUUGAAGAAACGUGUGAAACAACUGAGUCUUUUGUAAAUAACGAAGUGAAUGCUGUGAUAAAAGAGAAUACUGUUGAUUCUGAAGUAUCGGCUAUUGAUAAUCAAAAUGAAAUUUCUAAUGAUUCUAAUUUAGAUUUUAAAAAAUAUGACGAUGUGAAUAUUGAGAAAUCUGUACAGAAACAUAUUAGCAUUAGUAAAGAUUUAACCAAUGAACAAUCAGUGAAUAGUAUUAGGGCUGAUUCUCCAUUACUCGAUAUGGAGUGUGAAAGUUCUGUCAACAGUAUUAUAAAAUCUGAUUCGGAUGUAGAAAUGGAAGUUGUAGAGAUACCGUCUAUUGAAAAAUCAAAUGUAGGACUCAAAAUAGAUAGUAUUAAGGUUGAUAAGCCACCCUCCUCUGUUCUAAACAUUGGUAGCGACUUAUCAGCUAUAGCAAAAGAUAUUGGUAUCAACAUUCCUUUGCUAACAACUGUUAAUAAUUCCUCUGUGUUGGUAAAAGAUAAGCCUACAACCACUUCGGUUGCAGACAUUAAUAGAUCGGGAACUAUUUCUGGAAUCGAUCCUAAAUUGGAACCGAUAACUUUAAGGAUUUAUAAGGAUAAUUUAUCAGUUAAAACGGACGAUUUGGACUCGCCAAAAAAGAACAGAUCUCCGAAGCUUUCUUCUGAAUUAAAAAGUCAGCUUUCUCCUCAUAUCAAAUCUUCUGAUAGUAGAAGUUCUCUAUCGCCUACGACAAAGAAACUAGAAUUCACUCUUAAAAUAGCCAAAGAUGUUAAUACUAAUAUAUCAAGAGCUACCAUGUCGCCUAAAAGCAGUGUUUCACCGAGCGGUAUUCACAAACCAGGAGAUAUUUUGAGGGCAGAACUCACAUCAGAAAGUGGUCGAAACUCGCCAGGCUACUUGAGCCCCGAAUCUGGACAGAACAAGGUUAAACUUAAAAUUCAAAAACCUGGUUUAUCUAAAGAUUAUAUUUCUCAUAUUCAUAGUGGUAUCAAAGAAGAACCUGCUAAGAAAGAUGACGUCGAUCAUUCUUCCGGAAUCAGUUUGCCCAAACCGCCCAUUGAAAUAGGAAACGUUUUUAAGAAAAUGAUGGAAACUGAAAAGAUUAAUGAUCCGAAACCUGAAAUCAAUGCUGACCAUUCCCUGAAUUCUCCUCUUAUGGCUACUCCUAUCACCAUACCGGUUGUAAGGAAGAGAGGAAGACCUAGGAAAAUAUUACAGAAUGUAUUACCUGCGGUUGAUCCUAAUUUUAACUCUAAUCUCACUCCUGGUCUUAGCCCCGGCAUGCCCUUCAAUCACACUCCUGGUGCUUCACCUGGUUUAGACGGAUCUAGUGGACUCGACAGCUCUGAGUCGAGUCGAAUGGUACGCUCUUGCCGAGCGAGGACAAAGCCUAUUGUUGUUAAGACGAGGAAACCUAGAGGAGGAGGUGCUAGGGGCGGUAUGAGGGGGAGAGGUGCUAUUUCGAGCGGCGUCGGUGGUAUUGUUCGUAACUUAGUGGCAGAAAUGGAUCCAGAAAAGUUAGCUGCAAAGUUAUCAGAACGUGAGAAAGCUGAAUUAGCAAAGAUAGAAGAAAGGAAAGAAAGGCAGAGGCAAGAAAGGCAUGCUAAAAAUGAAGCUAAGAAGGCUAAAAAGCUUGCUCGUAAGUUGAAGGAUGAAGAGAGAAGGCUGAAAAAAUUAAGGGAAAAAGCCGAGAAAGCUGAGGCUGCUGCUCCUCAAGUUUUCGAAGAAGAGACAAGAAUGUCUGCUCCUGAUGGUGGAAGCCGUGGUCAUACUCCUGCUCCUGCCUCCGCCUUGUCUAGGCUAAACCAGACAAGUGAACAUAACGAGGAAUCUCAAAAUAGUAUUAGUACACCCACUAGCAGCCAGAUUAAAAGGGGCCGUAUGGAAAUUCCUAUCGAUCCUGAAUGCAAAGAGGUUCGUGUCGAACACCUCGCUGAAUAUCAGUGGCAGGGCAGUGAGCUCUUCAUGAUUCAGGAACAAGUCUCAUUAUAUCUCGGCGUCAAGUCGUUCAAGAGGAAGUACCCCGAUUUGAAAAGGCGGUCUGUCGAAGCCGAAGAGAGAACUUUCCUUGAAGACUCGGGGCUAGUACCAAAGUCGAUGUGUGAUUUAGGUUUAACUGCAGUUAGUAGUGCGGAAAUAUUAGAUAUCAUGUUCCAGGACUUUCCUGACAAGUAUGAAGAAUUUAGGAAAUACGUUAGGGAAAAACAGGCGAAGGAAGCAUCUUUCAAGCAAAAAGCUGUUUUUGCGAGCCUAAAACAGGAUAAAUCCAAAGGGGAGCCUAGAGAACAGGCAUUGGAAGCGGUCGCUAUGUGGAACUCCAACCUGAACAGGGAGCGACGGGAAGAUAGGCGGUGUGCGCUCGACCUCCAAACCUUCACUGUCCAUUACCCCAAGCAGUUGAGGGAUAGGAUGUCUCGUCCGGUUCCGAAGGCUGGUCUCUACCCCGUCUCUCUUAUACCUGGACAAUUCUCUGAUGCAUACAAAGUGUAUACUCCGACAGAACUAAUGUACUUCCCAUUGAACACCGUUAUGUACGGGCCGUUGAAACCUAAUGAAAGGCAGCCGAUGAAUCCUUCUGAUGGAUCUGGUUCGGAUAGUUCUAGCUCAUCGACAUCUGAUGAUUCCAGUUCUUCUAGCAGUGAAUGCGAGAGCGAAGAUGAGAGUGGUGCAACAAGAGAAUGUAAAAUCUGUAACGGGGAGAAGAAAACCAACAGGGAGUCACAUCCUGAAAUUUUAUUGCAAUGUUCAAAUUGCAAAGGCCUAUGUCAUCCAACCUGUCAGGAAAUCACCCCAGAAAUGUUGCCCCAUAUUAAAAAAUACACUUGGCAUUGUAGCAACUGCAAAAAGUGUACGAUGUGUAAAAAUACGACAAAAGAUGACAAAAUGCUGUUUUGUGAUCUGUGUGAUCGUGGGUACCACAUACACUGUGUAGGCCUCAAGAAAGCACCAGAAGGGCGAUGGCAUUGUAGCGUUUGUUCCUUCUGUACAGUUUGCGGGUCCAAAGACCCUGGGGGACAGGAAUGGAACUAUGAGUAUAAGAAGACGGAUAAGGGAGUUCGACUUUACCAGAGGACAUUAUGUGUUCCCUGCAGUAAAAAUGCUUUAAUGUAA